AUGGAAGAGCCGAGCAACAGCAGCGACGCCAAGGGUAAGGUGGCGGAGGAGGGGGCGACGGGAGGAGCCUCCAAGGCCGCGGCCAAGCCCCCCCGCUGCAAGAAGGUCUACCACGCCUACUGCAUGGGCUUCAACGUUGGGGACGAAGAGCUGAGCAGCUGCCCGAGGCACGCGUGCGUGGAGUGCGGGGAGGCUGCGGGAUACUUCUGCAGGUUCUGCCCCGUAUCCCUCUGCGACAAGCACUUCCGCACCGACCCUUCCGGCAUGAUCGCCGAGACCUACGAGUCUCUCAAGCACCGGGUCCGCCGGCCAUUCCCCCGCACAAGGGGCGGCGGCUUCGGCCCCAGAUCACGCACCCAAGCCGGCGGCACCGGCACCCUCGCCGGCGCCAGCAGCAGCGGCGGCGGGGCGGGCAGCAGGGGCGGGAGAGGCAAGCGCGGCCGCACCGGCAGAGGACGUAGAGGGCGCGGCGGCGGGAGGUGGUCCGUAGGGGAGGUCGGCGGGGAGGCGACUAUCGCUCAGCGCCGGCCGAAGCGCGGCCAAACGGCGACUGUAGCGGCGCCGGCGCCGGCGCCGGCGCCGACGGUGGUCAGCGUUAGCGGUGGCGGUGGGGGCGGGGACAGGAGGUCGUGCGGCGUGGGGUUGCCGGGCGGGGGGGCCGGGUUCGGGGAGCACGACUUCGUGUGCACCGGGUGCAAGAUGGCGGCGAAGCGGGCGGUGCGGCAGUACGGGCUGCUGGGGUCGCUGGAGACUGGCGGCGUGGUCCUGCCGUACGGGGAGAGCGAGGGGAGCGGCGACGAGAGCGAGUCAGACAUUCUACCGGUCACCGCUCUGCCCCCGCGAGAUACCGCCGCCGCAGCGAACGGCACCGGCGACGGCAGCGGCGAUGCUGGAGGCGGACAGGAGGAUCUGGUGUCAGCCCCGGGCGGUGCAGGUCUUGCCGGAGAGCCGGAAGGCGGCCACAACAUCGGCGGUGGUGCCGUUGGUGGCGGUGCCGUUGUCGCCGGUGCCGCCGCCGCCGUCAGCAACGCGGCCGUCGCUGCGGCGGUGGCCGCCAACAACGCGGCGGCGGCGGUCGCGGCGGAGAAGUACUUCUCCAUGUUCUCGAGACGAGACCCCCCGGCGACGCCAGAAGUAACAGCAAACGGUGGCGAUGCUGGUGGUGGUUCCGCGGGCGGCGGCGGGGGCGAUGGCGACGUGGAAAUGGGCUGA